AAAGAAAACAGAAAGGAGUUGGUGGAACGCCGGCCGGGCCGGGAGCUUUUCAGAAUUGCAGCUCUUGCCCCUAGGUGUCUCGCGAGCCAGCUGCUCUGUGCCUCCCGUCCCACCCCGAUCGCUUUCUCCUUCUCUCGUAGUUCUCUGUGUUCAUACGCUAGUUUGCUUCGUCUUCUUAACGAAUUGACUCACCAUUUUAGAUUAUGGAUGCCCCCGAGAAAUCCCAAGAAGCAGACGUCCAUUAUAGAAGGCCAAGAAUGCCUGGAACCGUCAAUUGGGGCACUGCUACUGUUAUUGGGGUAUUUGCUGGCAUGUUAUAUGGGGGUAGCAAGGAGGCAGCUGCCUCUGUUAGCAAGGAUGCAGAGGUAAUGUUGAAGCUUGGAAGCACACCAGAUAAGCGUGAACAGCAUCGCCUGAUGAGAGAUGCUAUGGAGAAAAGAUUUAUACGAGUCACUCGUGGCUCAAUAGUUGGUGGUGUACGCCUCGGGAUGUUCACUGCUGCAUUCUAUGGUUUGCAGAAUCUUCUUGCUGAAAAACGCGGGGUGCAUGAUGUAUAUAAUGUUGUUGGAGCUGGAUCUGCUACUGCUGCAGCAUUUGGUCUAAUUAUGCCAGGGUCACUCUAUUGGCGUGCAAGAAAUGUUAUGUUGGGUUCUGCUUUGGGUGCUGUAGUUUGCUUUCCUCUCGGUUGGCUUCACCUGAAGCUUGUAGAGAAAGCAAAUGAAGGGAAAUAUGAUGCUUUUCCCCAGACUGAUGACAGCAAAGAAGUGAAGAGUGGAGUUGGUGCCGCAAUUGAGAGGCUUGAAGGUCAUUUGGGCAAAAAGAUUGACUGAUGCCAUCCAUUUCUUUGCUGUGGCAAUUUCAUUAGAUCCGGCAGGGCAAGAUACUGAAGGAGGAAAUGAAAAGAUGAGGAAGGCGAGGGACUAACAAAAUGUUCUAAUACCAAAAUUCUCUACCUCCACCGUCCUUUUGGGAGCUCAAGUAUUAUUAUUAUUUUUUGUUAGGUUGGUUUUAGUUCUGUUUUUGAACUUUCUUUGUCAUCCCUAGAGGCAGGCUAGAUAUACCAAAUUUUCAUACAAGGAAUCAUUUUUAGCAAUGGUUGUUUCCCAUAAAACAUGUGGUUGUGGUUGUUUAUUCAAGCCACAUGGUGCUUUUUAGCUUAAAACCAAAGUGAAAAAAGCUUUGCAAGUUA